UCGCAUUGUUUCGUAAUACUCCAACGGGUGUGGCGACGGGCCUCCAACGCGUCUUAAUGCUAACAUCAACCAAUGUGUAUGUUUGACUUGUUAGUUGUUAGACGUCAGUGCUCUGCCAGCCGCGGUCCCAAAUAGUCGUUUACGCUCUCGUGUAAUAAAAUUAUCAUCGCGACCUUGACGUUAUUUUGAUUCGGCAAAACUGACCAAUAAAAGACAUGUCUACAGUGUUAGAGAAUGGACGCGCGGGAGUCGAUACACACGUCAACGGCCACAUCCCGUACUCAAAUGGGAAUGGUACCAUGAAUGGGACACAUGCAACCAACGGGACCAAUGGUAUCACCAACGUCUCCAAUGGUACCAUUAAUGGGACACAUGGUGUAAAUGGCAGCGGAACACCUUGGGAGAAACAGUUUCUACCACCCUCACUCCAGCUUGAGGACAAAGCUCGCGCUCUUAAGGUGGAGUCAAAAUUAUCGGGUCUAGUGCUCUGUGGUGCAACCUUGCGGCAAGUGGGUGAGGUUUUCGCUCGGGAAAUUGAAAAUGGUCUACGCGAGAAGCCAUCCAGUCUCCAGAUGGAAAACACAUACGUUCCAGAACUACCAGAUGGCACAGAGGAAGGAGUUUUCCUGGCGCUCGAUCUUGGUGGGACGAAUUUCCGGGUGCUAUACUUAGAGUUAAGGGGAGGUCAGCUAGUGAGAGAGGAUGUCAAACAUUAUCACAUCAGUGAUGAACUCCGUGUGGGGCCUGGGGUAGAUCUCUUCAACUUCUUGGCUGACUGUGUGCAGGACUUCCUCCGAUCAGAAGGCAUGGAGAAGGAUGAACUGUCUCUUGGUUUCACCUUCUCAUUCCCCAUGAAACAGCAUUCCAUAUCAUCUGGGGAGCUCAUCACCUGGACUAAAAGCUUUAACUGUGGAGGCAUGGCUGGUGUGGAUGUAGCGGCCUUACUCCAGCGCUGUUUGAAGGAAAGGGGUUUGAAGGUUACAGUGCAAGUUCUUCUGAAUGACACCACUGGGACCUUGGUUGCUGGUGCUCACUUGGAUCCUGAAGUCGCGAUUGGUGUCAUCCUGGGUACUGGUUCCAACGGUUGCUACAUGGAGAGGGCUGAUCGUGUCAUGCAUUGGGAGUCAUCCCAUGAGAGAGUCCACGAUGUCUGUGUCGAUAUUGAGUGGGGUGCGUUUGGUGAUAAUGGAUGUCUGAACUUCAUGAGAACGGAGUUUGAUAAUGAGGUCGAUCGGAAAUCGUUAUUGGCUACGAGUUUUACAUUUGAGAAAUACAUUGGUGGUAAAUACUUGGGGGACCUAUUGUGUGCAGUGCUGGGAGGGCUUGCCAGGGACGGUGUCUUUCCUGCUGCACCCACAUGGGGAGAACUGGCUAGUGCACACGUCAGCAUGUUUGAAGAAGAAAAUGAUGUUGGCGAGUGGAAACGUACGGCUGAAGCUCUUUGCGAAGCCUGUGGAGGCUCCACAAUAUCACGCGCUGACGCCUUAGUCGCCCAACAUGUUGCCCGUGUCAUAUCAAACCGAGCUGCCCAACUUGUGUCUGUCUGUAUCUCAAUAAUAUUGCGUCGUAUGGAACGUAAUCACACGUCCGUGGCAGUUGACGGCUCGGUCUUCAAAAGACAUCCGCGAAUCGCGAAACUCAUGAACAAAUAUAUCUCAUUACUGGCUCCUAAACACAAGUUCACACUAUUAGGCGCUGAAGAUGGAAGUGGCAAGGGGUCGGCGUUGACAGCAGCAAUUGCUGCCCGAGUCGCUGCAAGACAAUUCUAACAUAACAUUCAGGAAUGUCCACGAAAUGACUGACUAUCGUAUAGAAGAGUAGAUUUAGACAUGAGUAUUGCCUUCUUUCUCUAACGAUUAUGCUUUCUAUUAUGUCAGUGGUUGGAGAGGGAUGGCAAUAUAUUUGUUAUAUCGGCGUUUUAGUUUGGUAAAAGAGACAAAAUUUAUUGGAGGAGUUAUUGUCUGCUAUGUAUAUUUUAAUACGAAAUAAUUGUACCAUAUAGCAUGAUUUCAUUUCGUUAUAAUUUAUAUUAUAUAUUGAACUAUACUGUGAUUUUAAACCUCGCAAUUAAACAAUUGUAAAUUGUAGUGUACUUUCAGUUUCAUAAUUCAUUUUUAAUGAACAAUAUUUUACUGUCAAAGAUUUUCAAUUUGUCAAAGUAAGUUUUCUGUUUUGAAUUGUCAGAUUUAAUUGAUAUUAAUGUAACGAUAGGACACUUGAUAGUCCAUUUGCAGUUUCUCGCUUAAAAGUUAUUUAUUAUGAUAAUGAUAUAUAGGUUUGGCCACGUCGAACGAAUUAAUGAGGAGCGGUGAAAGUGAGGUACGUAAGGGCUGUAGCAUGUGGAUAUCCGUUGUCUCUGUCUACCCCUUCGAAACAGGCGUAAUAAUAUACACAAAUAAAAUAAUAUAUACAAACCUGUA